AUGCUCUCCCCAGCUGUGUCGGCGCCAGUUGCGGAAGGCGUGAACCUGCAUUCAUCAAGUUCCCGCCGGCGGGCAUUGAGUUAUCUGCGUCACUUAUCGCAUUCCUCCCAGAUUCGGCCUGGUUCUGGCUCCGGCAGCCCAACUGGCGCCGAUUCGCCGCGACAAGCCACUUCACCUCGCUCCUACUUCCAUCGUUCCACCAGUUAUCCCGAGCCCAGCCGUGUUCAUCACUCACGUCAAAGGAGUAAUACACGUCCAAACGACCGCGAAGCCGUCGAUCACCUGGUUAAUGAGGCUACCAGCCGCUUGAACAAUCCUAUAGCCGAUCUGCGUUCCGUAUCUCCUGCAGCCGGCGAGACAACUAAUACCGACAACGAAGCCGCUCCGGAAGAGCAGUCACAUUCUGAUGAUAUGGCGAGAAAUCGUAGGAAUAGUUCAGAUGGCGUUGCUGCGUCCCUGACAACCCCAAAUACUCGGCCUCGAUCCCAGCGAGCAACUACGAGUACGACCACUGGCUCAGCUGCCGACCCCUCUGCAGACACUCCGGCAACGAAAGCGACGACUUUACCUGCCAUACGUUUCUUUCCGCACCUGGAAGCCCGAGGAAAUGGUAGACCGCCCCUCAGCUUCACACCAAUCUCGAGGACUUUGCCAAACGGUAAUGCCACAAUUCGAGUCGGCAGAUACUCUGAAAGAGAAGGAGUUCCGAACCCAAACCCCACGGGUCCGUCUGAUGCACCUGUCGGAUUCAAAUCAAAAGUGGUCUCGCGGAAACACUGCGAGUUCAAUUGCACUGAUGGACAAUGGCAUAUCAAGGAUGUUGCCAGCUCCUCUGGCACCUUCCUAAACCACGUCAGGCUGAGUCCUCCGAAUACCGAGUCGAAGCUGUUCCCAGUCAAGGACGGUGAUAUCGUUCAGCUCGGAAUAGAUUUCCGUGGCGGCGAGGAGCAGAUCUUCAGAUGCGUCAAGAUCCGCAUCGAGUGCAAUCGAUCUUGGCAGAAGAAGCCGAACAACUUCAACAAGCAACGACAUGCUCAGCUACAGAUGAUUGCCAAAGACCAGCCGGCUGCAGACGCUAAGAGUGACGAAUGCUCAAUAUGCCUUGGGAAGAUAGCUCCUUGCCAAUCACUCUUCUACGCACCUUGCGCGCAUACUUGGCACUACAAGUGCAUUCGACCGAUGAUCGAAAGUAGAGCAAGUACUUAUCCACAGUUUCAAUGUCCAAAUUGCCGAGCUUACUGGGACCUGAAUGCCGACGUUGACGUGGAGAUGGAGGUCGACGACGAGGACGCGGACGCGGACUCGGCGAGCGGCGAUGUGACCAUGGACCUACCUGCAGCUAUCACAGUCACCCCAGCCACUGGAGCAGAGCCGCAAAACGCAGAAGCUGGCUCAACUCCUUCUCUGCUGUCUCGUCGACAAGCCACGAACCCGGGUUCACCCGAGAUCGACUCCGUCAAUAGGGGCUCAAUAGAUGUGCCUCCCCGGAACUCCUCAAAUGGCGCAAGCCUCGACGGUGCACGAACCCAGACGCCUGAUGGUGAACGGCUGAUGGACGGAGAUGGUCCCUUGACGCCUAGGAAUGACAUCGGGCCGUUCGUACUCGAUGGAAGUGCAGGUCGAGCGUCAGGUCGUCGGAUGUUGGUUCCUGCAUUGCCGGAAGUCCUUGAUCGGGCAAGCGCUACUACUUGA